CCUCAAUAGCAUGGAGCCCCAAAAUCUCCAUUGAAGAAGGAGUCUAGGGUUCGUUCCUCAUAUUUUCUACGAUUCUUCAUUUCAAGCUCUCAAUUUCGGCAGACUUCUCUAAGUAGUUUCGCUAAAUUUUCACAGAGAGCAUCUUUGGGGUACACAGAUUGUUACUUGCAAGCUUGUUUAAUUAAAUAAGAUGCCAAGGGGAAAGGGAAAUGCUUCAUCUACUGCUAGACCAGUUGAACCUGAAAAGCAGAAUGAACCUGAAAAGCCAGGUGACUCUGAUGAGAGGGUAGAUCUUGAAGUUGAUAAUGAUCCCGAGGAGGUAAUGGAAGAAGAUGUUGAGUACGAAGAAGUAGAAGAGGAAGAGGAGGUGGAAGAAAUAGAAGAAGUUGAGGAGGAGGAGGAAGAGGAGGAGGAAGAGGAGGAAGGUGAGGAAGAAGAUGUUGAAGAAGUGGAGGAUGAUGGAACUAACGAGAAUGGAAUUAAUGCCCAAAAUGAAAUAAGUAAUGAUGAGGAUGAAAAGAAAAAACAUGCUGAGCUUCUCGCCCUACCUCCUCAUGGUUCUGAAGUAUAUGUUGGUGGUAUUCCUCAAGAUUCUUCUGAAGAGGAUUUGAGGAGUUUUUGUGAAUCCAUAGGAGAAGUUACAGAGGUUCGCAUUAUGAGAAGUAAAGAAUCAAAUGAGAAUAAGGGUUUUGCAUUUGUUACCUACAGAAGUGUAGAGUUGGCUUCUAAAGCAAUCGAUGAGCUGAAUAACACUGAAUUCAAGGGUAAGAAGAUUAAAUGUUCAUCAUCUCAAGCAAAGCACCGGUUGUUCAUCGGUAAUGUUCCCAGGAGCUGGGGUGAGGAAGAUCUUAGGAAGGUCGUGACAGACAUUGGACCUGGAGUUACUGCUGUGGAACUAGUAAAGGAUAUGAAGAAUACUAGCAAUAACAGGGGUUUUGCUUUUAUUGACUAUUAUAAUCAUUCAUGUGCUGAGUACUCAAGGCAGAAGAUGAUGAACCCAAAAUUUAAGCUAGAUGAUAAUGCUCCAACUGUUAGCUGGGCAGACCCUAAAAAUGCCGAUUCAUCUGCUGCUUCACAGGUGAAGGCUGUUUAUGUCAAGAAUCUGCCAAAGAAUGUAACACAGGAGCAGUUGAAAAAGCUAUUUGACCAUCAUGGGAAAAUUACAAAAGUGGUUUUACCUCCUGCAAAGUCUGGACAAGAGAAGAAUAGAAUUGGUUUUGUGCAUUUUUCAGAAAGGUCCAGUGCUAUGAAGGCUUUAAAAAAUACUGAAAAAUAUGAAUUGGAUGGUCAAGUUUUGGAGUGUUCUCUUGCAAAGCCACAGGCGGAUCAGAAGUCUGGAGGAUCGAAUAGCCAGAAGUCUGGAUUGCUUCCUAACUAUCCACCUCGUGUUGGAUAUGGUUUUGUUGGCGGUGCUUAUGGUGGUGUAAAUGCAGGAUAUGGUGCUUCUGGUUUUGGUCAGCCUUUGAUAUAUGGAAGAGGACCAACUCCUGCUGGCAUGGCAAUGAUGCCAAUGUUGCUACCUGAUGGACGGAUUGGCUAUGUCUUGCAACAACCAGGAUCACAAAUGCUUACUCCUCCACCACAUCCAAGAAGUGGUGGUGGCGGUGGAGGUGGUGGUGGUGGCGGAAGUGGCAGUAAGAGUGGCGGCAGUUCUAGUAGGGGGAGACAUUCACAUGACGGUGGCCAUGGUGGCCAUGGAGGCCAUGGUCGCAGGUAUCGCCCAUAUUAGUUCUUGACGUUGAAUGUGAACGAACAGGAAGGUUUCAGCCGGAGGCCCCCCUCCCUCCACCUAACAUCGUGAUGAUAGAUUCUUCUUCAGUAUUGAUAAAGUGGAGCUAGCUAAUUUAUGGGUUUGUAAUGUGUUUGUUAGUUUUUAUCAAUACUUAGGUUACAGUUCAAAUUAAUUAAUGUGUUUUGCCUUUGGUUUUGUUCUUUUUCCAUCCCACUUUUAGACCAGAAAUACGUUUAUUCUGUGGUAAAAUGAUAUCAAAUUUGAAAAUGAGUUUGGCUUA